UGCGUAUGGCCAGGAUCAAGGUUAUCGCUUGUUCUGCUGGCUCUUAUCAGCGUCAAUUGUUAGCUUGGAGGUGCUGCGGGACGGCGUUGGGGAGUAGGAACUGUUUUGGAAACCUUAUCAGCCACUCGGCUGACGCGUCAGCACUGGCAUCUCACAGAUGACAGUUGUCAGCGGCGAAAGUGAGAGACGCCAGCUCAGUUGUUAAGAGCGCAGCGUGCAAGGCAGAGAUCCAUAAUGUGGAGGUGCACACAACGAACUUUGACGCAAGUUUGCGGAAACACUCUGAGGCGACGUAAUCUAAGCGCUGCCGUCAACCAGACACUGGGCAUUAUUGGUGUGCCCUUUGGCAAGGGACAGUCCAAGCAGGGCGUUGAACUGGCGCCGGAUUUGCUGCGCGAGAACAAGUUAAGGGAAGUGCUGCAAAAUGGGGAUGAGCGACUGGUGAUCACGGAUUAUGGCAACUUGGAGUACGCUGUGGAUGAGCGUCUGCUGCAGCAGCAGCGUCAGCACUAUCAUCACAUACGCAACUAUGCAGAGUUUAUGGCCUGCAAUCGAGCGUUGAUCGAGCAAGUUCAGCUAAUGCUGCAAAAGAAUUCACAAUUUCUAACAAUUGGUGGCGAUCAUGCCAUUGGCUUUGGUUCUGUUGCGGGUCAUCUGCAGCAUACGCCGAAUUUAUCGCUAGUGUGGGUCGAUGCGCAUGCGGAUAUCAAUUUGCAUACAACAUCGCAGUCGGGCAACAUACACGGUAUGCCAGUGUCCUUUCUGCUGCAACAGCUACGUGCCACUUGGCAGCAUGCGGCACUGGAUGAGAUUGCGCCCAAUUGUUUGCCCAAGGAUCAAUUGGUUUACAUUGGACUGCGGGACAUUGACCCCUACGAGGCGUUCAUAUUGAACAAAUUUGGUAUACGCUACUAUGCCAUGGAUUCCAUCGAUCGCGUGGGUGUUCCCAAAAUUAUUGAAAUGACGCUUGAUGCGCUGAGUCCGCAAAACAAAAUCCAUGUGAGCUUUGACAUCGAUGCACUGGACAGCAAUGUGGCGCCCAGUACGGGCACAGCGGUACGCGGAGGCUUGACAUUACGCGAGGGCAUUAGCAUUGUGGAGGCUUUGCGCGAUACGAAUCGUGUGCAGGGCAUGGAUCUGGUAGAGAUUAAUCCAAAGCUGGGCAGCGAAAGCGAUGUGCGCAGCACUGUGGAGUCCGGCCUGGAGAUAUUGAAGAGCAUGUUUGGCUAUCGACGCUCCGGCGCGCGACACUGGAGCAAUCUGGACACAGGCAUACUAGAGCGCGAGGUCUAGUUACACUUUCUUUUUUU